AUGGUGUCUUGUAAGUGGCUGUUGAAACUGACCAGAACUUGUGCCAAUUGGAACGUUGCUCAACGCCAAAUAAAACUGAAGCAAACUAUGGUGCCACAUCAAACAUUUAUUGCAUAUCAAAAUUCUUUAUCGUCAGUUAUAGAAAAAGGACUGACUAACAUAAGCAAUCCUGAAAUAUGUGGUAGAUUGAAGAAGCUUACAGAAUACAAUAUUGAUUCGGGAAAGCAAUUAAGGGGCUUGCUUACGAUAUCGGCUUGCGAUGCUCUUCUUAAGCCUGAAUUAAAAGAAGAAUUGCUGCCUCAAGUUUUUGCAUUGGCGUGGGCAAUCGAAAUGUUCCAUUUUUAUUUUUUAAUAACGGAUGAUAUUGAAGAUGGUGCUACAACUCGACGAGGAAAGAUCUGUUGGCACUUAUUGCCUGAUGUGGGAUCACACGCAAUUAAUGACGCUGGCAUGCUUCGUGCAUUUAUAAGCGAAAUCCUAAUGCAGUAUUUCGGUGGGCAGCCUGUGUAUCCUAAAAUUGUUGAUAUGUUUAACAAGGCAUAUUUCAAGACGCACAUGGGUCAAUUUAUGGACACCAUGUCAUGCAGAAACAGGGAUUACAAUAACUUUACGAUGGAAAGAUAUAUAACUACUACUACACAUAAAACUUCGUUCUAUUCCUGCGAGUUUCCUAUAUUACUAGCUCUUGCAUUAAGUAAUAAAGGAAACAAAGAGGCCUAUAAGCUAGUUGAGAGUAUAUGCAGGGACGUAGGAUUCUUGUUUCAGAUGCAGAAUGAUUACCUUGAUUAUUAUGAAGACGAAUCAGUGGGAGGAAAAAGUGGAACAGAUAUUCAAGAGGGAAAAUGUACAUGGUUUGUAUUAACCGCUUUGGAGCACUGUAACUUAUCGCAACGUCAGGAAUUUUUGGAUAACUAUGGCAAAUGGGAAAAGGAAAGUGUAGGCCGAAUCAGAAGAUUGUAUAAUAAAUUAGAGUUAUCAAAAAAAUAUGAACAGGAAAAGCAAAAACUUUACCAGACUCUCAUUCAGCGAAUAUAUAAUCUUCCUGAAGAUGUGAUACCACCCGGUGAUUUUUUGGCGAAACUUGUGAAUAUGAUUUAUAAUAUAAGAAAUAUAAAUUACGAUGUAAAAGUUUAG